AUGGACGCUUCCCCGGAGCUCCUCGAGUCCAUCAUCAACGGAAAUGACGAUGACGAAGUGUUCGAGCGUAUCUCUGAGGAUGGCUUUGAUCAAGACGAUCUCGAUAAAGACGACCCCCUAGGAGAUAUCGACGCUUUGCUGCGGGAAAGUGUCGCCUCUACUGAGAAGAGAUCUCCGUUGACAGCAGCAGUACGGGUCCGACCACCGGUAGUUGAUGACUUUAUUCGCAACUUCUUCAUGAAACACGGUCUUAAACGUUCGUUGGAUGCGUUCCAGAACGAGUGGUAUGGCAUGCAGCUAUCUGGCAAGCUCGAUGCGACAGCGAUGGAUGAUGCCGUUCCUGACUUGUGA